CUCGCAAACCACCUCGCAGCGCGGACGAGAGGACUGCAUCACUGUGGCAAGCACGCACGCUCGGUGGUCUUGUGGAAUCAUCCCCUCAUCAUUUUGUAUCAUGAGCGAGAGACAAGGUUCCGGGGCAGCAACUGGAAACACCAAACCUUUAUCGGGUCAAGAUGCAUCCAAGAAGGACAUCCCUGCUGAGGACUUUGACAUCGACAUGGAUGCCCCUGAGACUGCAAAGGCUGCUGUCGCCAUCCAGUCGCAGUUCAGGAAGUACCAGAAGAAGAAGCAGGAUGUGAAGUCCUAGGCUGAGGAGGGACACACCCUCUGGAGGCCCUGGAGUACCAUUGUUUGGGCUGGCUGUUUGCAUGUCUAAUAAACCAUACCAUAGUGGACUUGUGGGUAGGGAUGGGGGUACUUGGGGUAAACGGACUAGAGGCAUAACAUUAAUCAUUAUCCUGUCUGUCACUGAUAUCUACCUGGAUUAAUAAAUGUUAUCAUUUCAGAUUUGAUUUCUCUGUCCAAUUAGCUUUUAGGUCUUUUUAAUCCUUCUAUGCCCUAAUUUGUGUAUUGAUUUUGAUUUCAAAUGUGUUCUGAUCUGUUCAAAUAUGUUCUGAAAACUGCUGUCUCAGUUGCACCCAUCGAUGUUAAAGAUUUUUUUUAAAAACAUUGCACCCGGGCCUGCUUUCAAAUAUGUGAUCCAUUCAUUGCUUGGAAACACAGCGAGAUAUUUAAUGUACUGACAGUGUGAAGCUGUGCUAUGACUGUUUCCCAGAGGCAAAAUGCUGAAAGUCGACAUAUUGUGGAGGUUUACCAUAAUUUUUAUGUCAGGGAGUCACCUGGCCCUAACCUGCUGGAAUCAUUUCAUCCCAUGUGGCUAAAGCGUUUUGUUUCAGGGCCAACAAAGCCACUCUAGAUGAGCUAGCUGAUGGAUCCUGGAUGCUGUUACGAGCCACUGAAGCCGUGACUACCGCAUUUAUGUGACUUCGUUAGUGAGGCAACUGAUACCUAGACACAACGCUUCUUCAAGCGGUAUUCUUUCCCCUUUCACAUUCAUAGUGUUGUAUUUUUUUCCACCACUGUUCAUUAUUCUUCUAACUGUAGGCAGUGGCAUCUUGAGUAAUCACUUUGUUUGUGAUACAACCUUCAUCAUUUCCUCUAAACUUUGUUUUACCAAAUGUGACAUGUACUACACCAUUAUCAGACACUUUGAAAUGAUAUACAAGCCGAAUACAAAUGAAUAAAUAUUGGGAAGAACUGAC